GGCCUCGCGAUCUUCCACCACGGCCACGUGGGGCGCGUCAACAUGCUCGCGGCCCACCCGUCCUUGCCCGUCAUGGCGUCCGUGGGCAACGACCGCACGCUCCGGCUCUGGGACAACACGGACCGGCGCCUCGCGCAGCUCCUGCGCCUGCCCGACCGCGCGACGGCCGUCGCGUUCCACCCGGACGGCGCGUGGCUCGCGCUGGGCACGGAGAGCGGCGACCUGCUGCUGGCGACGUGCGAGUCGGGCGCGGGGCCGUCGGCGCGGGGCUGGGCCCGCUGCGCGGUGACGGACCUCAAGUUCUCGCCCGACGGCGCGAAUUUGGCCGCGUGCUGCAUGGACAAGUCCAUCUACGUCUUCGCGGCGGACGCGGCCUACAAGCGGCGCCUCGUGCUCAAGGGCCACAGCUCCACGCCCCUCCACCUCGACUUUUCGGUGGAGGGCGCCAUCCUCCAGACGAACGACGCCGCGCACGAGGUGUUGUUCUGGGACGUCGCGCGCGGCAAGCAGAUCACGAACGCGUACUCCCUCAGGAACACGCAGUGGGCGUCGUGGACCUGCGCGCUGGGCUGGCCCGUCCAGGGCAUCUUCGACGCGGAGACGGAGGCCCACAGCCACGAGAUCGCCGCCGUCUGCCGGUCGAACAAGUCCGACGUCGUCGUCGCGCCGGGCGCGAACAACGUGCUCCGCCUCAUGAAGUUCCCGUCGAUGCGCGGCUGCGCGUCGAAGAACUACGGCUGCCACCGCGACCAGAUCUCCUCCCUCGCCUUCCACGCCGACGACGCCAAGUGCCUCUCCGUCGGCGGCAAGGACGCGACCAUCGCCCUCUGG